CAUCUAAAGACCGUUGUUGGGUCUUGCAAGUGUGACAUGCGACGAUCUUAUUCUUUCAUUGUACAAGUUUAGUUGUGUUCUAGACAGCACGUGUUAUAGAAAUACAAUUCAUGCAAAUUAAUUUACAUAGUCGUGUUGCAUAGUUUUUUCCAUAUUAUUUGAUGUUACAAAUUAUAGAUGUUUUAGUUCAAAAUAUCUGAAAUAGUGGCGUUUUGGUAAAUUAAUGGUGCGUUGGUAAAUAUUAUUGUAACUUCUGUUUUGUUUUUUAACGAAACCACACCAACGGCCACCCUGGUACCAUACCAGAGAACCCUUUCUUCGGAAGCGUAUGGUCCACAGAUGGUAACUAGCCAUCCACCGGACAGUCGGAUCAUGCCUGUCAUAUCGUCUUCGGACUUUGACACUCCCCCGCCUCCGAACGACUGUGCGGGUUGUGGCCGGCAUAUAGUGGACCGUUAUUAUUUAAAUGCUGUUGACUUACAAUGGCAUGUCUAUUGUUUAAAGUGUCAUAAGUGCAAGGCACAACUAGAUGAAGAACUUUCAUGUUUUUGGAAAGAUGGCCAUAUUUAUUGUAAAGAAGAUUAUUACAGGCUGUUCUCAUCCAAAAGAUGCUGUUCCCGAUGUCAACAAGGUAUCCAUGCUCAAGAAUUGGUGAUGCGGGCGCGGGAUCUCGUCUUCCACAUCCAUUGUUUUACAUGUGCCUGGUGCAAUACCGCUCUCACACAAGGUGAUUACUUCGGUCUACGGGACAACCUCGUCUACUGCCGAACACACUACGAGAUGUUUUCCCGCGACGACACCUCCUACUACAGCCCUGAUCAUCAUCCGUCAUCCCUCCUUCAUCCUCCGCAUCAUCUACUCACUCCUCCCGGUCUACCUUCUGACUGCGGCGGAAUACCAACGCCGGAUUCAACUCCCGGAUUCUAUGGUCCCUACACUGCCGGAUGUGUAAAUAACUCAGACGGAGUACCGGCGUCCGGCCGGAAAGGGAGACCGAGGAAGAAAAAGAAUGGGGAUCUAUCCGGAUCAGAUCCACUAUCCAGGCACAAUACAGGUUUAUCGCCGCUGGACCCUGCCUCCUGCAAUUUACACCUAGGCCAUUUAGAUGGUACUGGUAAUUCUCAAUCUUCACCCCCACUAUCAUCUGGUGGUGGAGGGAGUCAGAGGACAAAGCGCAUGCGCACAUCUUUUAAACAUCAUCAAUUAAGAACUAUGAAAUCCUAUUUUGCCAUCAAUCAGAAUCCAGAUGCAAAAGAUUUAAAACAAUUAGCCCAGAAAACAGGUCUUUCCAAAAGAGUGCUUCAGGUAUGGUUCCAAAACGCUAGGGCGAAAUGGAGACGAAACAACAACAAACAACCAGAUUCUGUUUCUGGUAUGAUUACCAGCGAACAGCCGUCCACCCCUCAGUUGCUCCAGGGCGGCCACAUGGGGGGAGGGAUCUGUAGCCCCGGAGCUACCAGUUCCUAUUCCGAGCCCAGUCCAGUGCAUUCCUGUGGUGGUGUCGCUUCAGAUGGCUCCCUGUCCACCCACGUGGGGCCUGGAGCAUCCAUGGACUUUGACAGUAGUGAUCCUAUGACCCCACUGGUCAGUCACCAAGGACUUAAUCCAGGAUCUGUCCAUAAUGGAGAUAAUGUCUCUUUCCAUGUCACAUCCUUCCAUGAACUGUUCUGAUAGAACAAUUUCAACAAAAAACUCUCAUGAAUAUUCCUAAAGUCGAUUAUGCCCAUGCAUUUUUUUAAAAGAUCCAUCAGCAACAGCUUGAACUCUUUCAAUUGCACGUAUAAGUUUGGAAUUAAACAAAAUAGUAAUUUUUUUGGUUAAUGUAUUAAUAUUACCAUCUUAAUAUUAUAUAUUGCAUUGCAUAAACAAUAUUAUGUGUCUAUUAUAUUAUUAACACUUCGCUUACGGCGCUUAGUAUGAUGAAGCCCGUCAUUCUGGUCCACCUGUGUUACCAGCCGUAAGCAAAUGGUUAAUAUUAUUUUGAAAUUUAAACUUAUUCAAGGGUCUCAGGUAAACGUUUCAGAAUUUCUAGGUGGGGUUGAGGGUAUCCUGAAGACUCGAAGUAUCAAGCAAUGCUGGGUCGGUAAUACUUUCCUGCAGCGGUGAUGUGCAUAAGAAUAAAGGAAAAAUCACCGUACUUGAAUAUUUGUUUUAAUAAUAAAUGUGCAAACGCGAAAGGAAUACGGACCAAAGAAAGUGUUCGAAGUUGCAAUU